AUGCCAAUGAGAGAACUGCUAGGUGAAAGAAAGGGAACGAAUAAAUAUUAUCCGCCUGACUUUGAUCCAGCUAAGCAUAGGAAUCUUAACGCAUACCAUGGAGUCCAUGCUUUGCGAGAACGUGGUCGCAAGGCUGAUAAGGGGAUCAUAAUCAUUCGUUUUGAGAUGCCUUACAAUGCUUGGUGUUUAUCCUGCAAAAAGCCUAUUGGAAUGGGUGUUAGAUACAAUGCUGAGAAGAAAAAAGUUGGCAUGUAUCACUCAACGCCGAUAUUUCAAUUUUCCAUGAACUGCGCAAUGUGCGCCGGUCGAAUUGUAAUGCAGACUGAUCCUCAAAAUUUCGACUACGUCUGCAUAGAGGGCAUACGUCGGAAAAUUCAGACCUGGGACCCAGAAGAAAAUGAGCAGAUUGCGCUAUGUGACCUACGCUUUCACGACUGCUACUACCUAGACUUCAAAGAAAGGCAGAAACUCUCUCUUGAUGCUAUGUACCAAGUCGAGCACGGAGUCAAAGAUAAGGAAAAAGCCGCGCUGUCAAACCCAGUCCUUUCUGAACUAGAAUCUGAUCGUGAAAGCUUCAAGGACGACUUUGCCCUAAACUACCUCGCCAGAAAGCAAUUUCGGGAAGCAAAGAAACUUCAAAAUGAUGCCAACGCACGAGACGAGGCGCUGAAAAGCCGAUUAUCCCUUAUGGGGACACAAAUUACUAUCCUACGAGAAACCGAUGAAGACAGGACGAAGGCCAAACUAAUGCGGCUUCAUCACACAGGUCACAGUGAUAGGAUAGCUGAAAGCCAAAUGCCUCUUAUUAAAAUCGGAAAACCAUUCAGACUCAAGAGAAAACAGGAGAAUAGUUGUGAGCCCCCUUUAACUCAACAGCGCAUUGAACCGCACUGGCUCGCAAAACGAGCCAGCGCCCUCGCAGUCAGUGUAAAUCAGGCCUGUUCAUCAUCAACAUCCCGUGAACCUCUGUCCCGAGCCCUUCAAAAGAACAUACGAAAGAAUGCAACCAAAACUGACGAAACUCCAUCCAAGGAAAUAACUGACAAUGGACAAACAAGUUCAAGCCUAGUUCCCUACAAUGAUAGCGAAUGA